GGAGAUGUAAUGAGUCUGGUAUGGGCAGCUCAGAGCAGGAUACAUUUAUUCUGCUUGUAUCUGCUCUGAGCUGCUUCAUCCUGACUGCAACAAGUAAGUGAUGGUCACCUCUUCCUUCCUAUUGCUGUCUGUUUAUGGAUAAACAUGUAUCACAUCGUGCAAUAAUAGAGUAUCUGCCUGUACCCUGCAUGUAUCGUUUACCUGUAUCCUGGGGUUUAUAUGCUCUGCACCUUUAUUAUUCCAGAAAUCAUCCUGUUUCUUUAAAAGGAUCAGAUAGUGAUUGUUUUAAUGGACAUUUCUUUAAUAUUAAUCCUGGUGUGCUGAGGGAAUGUACCGUAGCAGUGCUCAGGGUUACUGGAUUAAAUAUACCAUCAUUCUAAACUAGGGAAUGAUGUUUCUUAUUCUUUGUAAUACUCACUUUGCUGUAGCCCAUAGUUGAUUAACAUUAUCUUUAGAUUGUAAGCUUAUGGACAAGACUCUUUGGAGUCUCUUUGUAAGAAGAAAGGUUGGCUGAUAUUGCUAAAUCCAGGGGUCUUGUUUUAAAGUGAUAAUGUUCUGUACUCUGGAUAGUGCCCUCUAACAUGUCCUUCUAUCAGUAAAGGAUGCAUAAUAUUUGGAGUUUGCUGGUCUGUGAUCAGAGGAUACAGGUUUAUAGAGUGGCACGUCAUGUAGGCUUUUAGUCUGUUUUCCGAUACACAAACAUUACAUUCUGAAUUUAUUCCAGUCUGUGCUUAGCGAGUUCUGUAACAUUAUGCUUUUUGUUUCUUUCUGUCCAAUAGUCUGUGGGGAAUGGGAUUAUGUUGGACUAUUCACUUCAUGUUGUGUUUUUAGAACCUUUUUGUUCUCCUAAAAUUCUCUGCGGAGCUGGUUUAGCCGUUAAUGCACUCAGCCCCUCACCACCCAUUCUGCAGGAAUUUGCUAAUUUGUUUUCUAAUAUUCAAUCCCACAGCCGGCAUCAUUAGAGUAAAUUAUGUAUUUUGUUUUUAAAGUUCCCACCGAAGAGGUAAUCGCAUGAUGAUGAUCUCCCGUAUAGAAACACAGAAUGCGACGGCAGAUAAGAACCAUUCGGCCCAUCUAGUCUGCCCAAUUUUCUAAAUACUUUCAUUAGUCCCUAGCCUUAUCUUAUAGUUAGGAUAGCCUUAUGCCUAUCCCACGCAUGCUUAAACUCCUUUACUGUGUUAACCUCUACCACUUCAGCUGGAAGGCUAUUCCAUGCAUCCACUACACUCUCAGUAAAGUAAUACUUCCUGAUAUUAUUUUUAAACCUUUGCCCCUCUAAUUUAAGACUAUGUCCUCUUGUUGUGGUAGUUUUUCUUCUUUUAAAUAUAGUCUCCCCUUUACUGUGUUGAUUCCCUUUAUGUAUUUAAAUGUUUCUAUCAUAUACCCCCCUGUCUCGUCUUUCCUCCAAGCUCUACGUGUUAAGAUCCUUUAACCUUUCCUGGUAAGUUUUUUUUAUCCCGCAAUCCAUGAACCAGUUUAGUAGCCCUUCUCUGAACUCUCUCUAAGGUAUCAAUAUCCUUCUGUAGAUACGGUCUCCAGUACUGUGUACAAUACUCCAAGUGAGGUCUCACCAGUGUUCUGUACAAUGGCAUGAGCACUUCCCUCUUUCUACUGCUAAUACCUCUCUCGAUACAACCAAGCUUUAUGCUAGCAUUUCCUGCUGCUCUAUUACAUUGUCUGCCUACCUUUAAGUCAUCAGAAAUAAUCACCCCUAAAUCCCUUUCCUCAUAUGUUGAGGUUAGGACUCUAUCAAAUAUUUUGUACUCUGCCCUUGGGUUUUUACGUCCAAGAUGCAUUAUAUUGCACUUAUCCACAUUAAAUGUCAGUUGCCACAAUUCUGACCAUUUUUCUAGUUUACCUAAAUCAUUUGCCAUUUGGCUUAUCCCUCCUGGAACAUCAACCCUGUUGCAUAUCUUAGUAUCAUCAGCAAAAAGACAUAUCUAACCAUCAAAUCCUUCUGCAAUAUCACUAAUAAGAAUGUUAAAGAGAAUGGGUCCAAGUACAGAUCCCUGAGGUACCCCACUGCUGACAAGUCCAAGCUUCGAAUAUAUUCGAUUAACUACAACCCUCUUUUGCCUGUCACUCAGCCACUCAGAUUGCAGUUUAUUGAUAAGCCUUCUAUGUGCAACAGUGUCAAAAGCCUUACUGAAAUCUAGGUAAGCAAUGUCUACUGCACCACCCUGAUCUAUAAUUUUAGUUACCCAAUCUCAAAAAAAAUAAAAUAAAAAAAAUAAUCCUUCAAAUGUUGACCCUUUCAUUGGCUCCAAAAUGUUCUAUGGAGCAAAUCCUCAUUUGGUGUAAAAUGUUUCUGGUAUCUUAGUCCGUACAAUAACUUUAAAUACACUUUAAACUUGACUUCUCCUGGAUCUUACCAGUAAAAUUAUCACAGACUGGGAGGUUCAUCGUAUCAAUAGACAGCCCAGAGAAACUGGCCCCUUUUAUCCACAUCCUGUAGGUGCUAGAAGAUACCUCUAGGUCAAACCUUGACUGUAUCCAGGAAUGAUGCAUUUCAGAAAAGGCAAAUAAACGUUCUUACCGGAAAACUUGGUGGCUUUUCCCCAGGUUUGUGUAUGCAAUGAAUGUGGGUUAUGUAUAGGGUACCGGUGAUGGCAUUCAGUAGUUGGGAGGGUUGGAUGAUGACAAAGACAGUGUCAAUGGUAGACAUCCAGCAUGGCUCUCACGGCUUAAUUCAGAAACACAUCAAAUCUUCAGUAAGAGAUUCACUGAGCACACUUUAGGAUUGAAUAAUAGAUAUCAUAUCAGAUGAUGAGGGCCAGACGAUGACAUGGUAGUCUGCCCAGGCUGACCAACUCUCCAAACCUCAAGGCAACAGACAAACAAAGAAAUAAGAUUAGGAGUCCAGUUCUUUUCCUUAGAACAUCGUAUUCGUCUGUGUUUUAUGUAUUUCAAUAAUGUUCUAAAACCAGAUACUUUCAUAUAUAUAUUUUCCCAACAAGUUAUAUUUCGUUGACCAUUGUUCUUCACUACUCCCUGGCUUGGUGCAUGGACUGCUUUAGUGUCUCAUAUAAAGUUUUUCAUUAAAGUGAGAAUUUAAAGUUUUGAAUUUAAUGUCAAAAUGAGAAAAAAAUCCCCAAAUCUGCUUUGCUUUCAGUUUGGCUACUCUGGUCUGAUAUUUUGAGAUUUACUCUAAAUCCCCACUUUGGUAAAUAACCCAACAAUCUCUAAGGCUGGUUGUAACUCCCAUCAUCCCAGAAUGGUUUUUCUUGAUAAAGAGAGGGUUGACAAGUUAAUCUUUAUUAUGUAUUCUCCCAGGCAUUAGACAAUCCCUUUAUAUUUUCUACUUGUUUGAUUUAUUUAUAAAAUAUUUUACCAGGAAAGAUACAUUGAGAUUUCUCUCGUUUUCAAGUAUGUCCUGUGGGGUGGGAAGGGAGGGGGUGGUGGAGGUGGGGGGAACAUCCAAACAUUUCCACAGCAUAUUAUUGUUUUUUCACAACUCACUGUGUAUCUUUAUUUUUUUUUCUUCUCAAAUAUUUUGCGGCGUUCUGCCUUGUUACGCUCCCUGUCCUUCCAUGAUCCGUACCUGUGUCCACUUUCCUCUCUUCCCCUCUCUGUGAUAAUGUAAUUGGGGGGACACCGUAAAACUCUCUGCACGCUGUAGUUCAGUUACAAGCUUUUAUCUUUUGAUAACUAGAGGAUGAACUACAAGUCCCAGAAACCUCUGCUGACAGUAAAGAUUGUUCAGAUAGCUUUGAUUACUGCUAAUUAGCCCACUGUGCUACACUUUAAUCCUUUUCAGAGCUGGUUAAACCUACCAGAUGGUUCAGGCUUGUACAGAACGUGCAAGGAUACAGAUUGGCCAAGUUACUCACAUGUGUAGGCAAAGCUUAAAGGGACACUAUAGGCACCCAGACCACUUCAGAUCAAUGAAGUGGUCUGGGGGCCAGGUCCCCCAGGUUUUAACCCUUCAGAUGUAAACAUAGCCGUUUCAUAGAAACGGCUAUGUUUACAUUGAGGGUUAAUCCAGCCUCUAGUGGCUGUCUUCCUGACAACCACUAGAGGCGCUUCUGCGACGCUGGAUGUGAAAGUCGCAUUGAGCACGCAGAACGUCCAUAGGAAAGCAUUGAGAAAUGCUUUCCUAUGGACUGUUUGAAUGCGUGCGGCUUUUGCUGUGCAUGCGCAUUCCCCUCCACUCGGACGCUGACGUCGGCGGGGAGGAGAGGUCACCAGCGCCGAGACCUCCCGGCGCUGGAUUAAAAUAAGUAGCUGAAGGGGUUUUAACCCCUUCAGUGCCGUGGGGGGAACCUAAGGAUUAUAUAGUGUCAGGAAAACAAACUCGUUUUCCUGACACUAUAGUGAUUCUUUUAAGACGUUAAACUCCAUUUCCAAUGACAUUAUACAGCUGCUAAAACGCCAAAUAAAAUAUUUUCAUGGGGCCCUUUAAACAGGACAUCUGCUUGGCCUUCUGGGGAGAGGUUUCAUUCCAAGAAAAGAAAUGGCUCCAGUUUCCUCUUUGUUGUGGGAGCCAAAGUCCUUUCAUGUUAAACUACCAAGAUCUCUGUUUUCCUACUUUGUCCAAAUCCUGCUGUGUCGGUGCUUUCUGCUGAGCUGUUUGUUUGCGUAGGGUUUGUUUUUGUUAAUACUUGAAGUGUGUUUUAAUGUUCUAUUUACAAAUAUUUCUAUACGUUACCGGUUUUAAUUUGUGGCUCUUCUCACACAUUUAUGCUUCCGUUGCCCGUCGUUUUUCGGGUGUCCUGCAGCCGGGGACACAGUCAGAGCUAUAAAACAUGAACCAUAUUGGGAGCAUUGACAGUGAUUGACACCCCGUUUAAUUGACCUAUUGGAGAAUUGUAUAAGGCAGUGAAUUGAAAUCAGAAUUGUAAAAUUUAAGAAAAUAAUGGUGUAGUAAUUCCCAGACUCGCCUAUAGUUUAAACUUUUUUUUUAUUUUUUUUUAUUUUUUAUUUUUUUAUUCCUCAAUUUGCAAUUGAUGUUUUCAUUGGCUCCAGUUUAAUGUUUAGUCAAUAAUCCCAUAAUAUUUCUAAGUAAGAAAACACAGAAUUCUGGUCAAUCAUGCCACGUAAUGUCUCAUCCCCAAUGAGUGUAAUAAUAAAAUCUAUAAUAUUAAUACUCGCACUAAGAAAUUUACCAACAAUUCGCUGAAUUAAAAUUCACGUAAAAUAACCCCAUUAUGACUGGCUGACCUUGAGUUUUAUUUUUGGUUUGUUUUUUUUCUUCCAAAUUGCGAGUGAGAGAGAUAUAUUUUCAAUGCAUUAAAUAGUGUUUAGUGAAUUAACCCCUUAAUCUCUCUUCCAUGUUAAUGUUAUACGGGGUCUGUAAUUGAUGGGGUUGUUUUUUUUUUUUUUUCUUACUAUUUAAAACUGCAAGCUACUAACCCCUCUCUACACAAUUCUUUUAUUCCGCACAGUGAUCUGUAAACUGGAUUCUUUCUAUGAUUGUACUGCGCUGAAGAAUAUGUUGGCGCUAUGUAACUGCUGAUAAGAAUCCCUGCCUCUCUCACAAUGAUUUGGCUCUAGCGAGCGGUGAUGUGUUUUGCAGCCCGGUCACUCUCGUUGCCAGCAGACCAGGUUCUUUAGAUAUGCAAAUCUGAUCUAUUUAAAUCAUUGACAGCCGCUAGAGGCAUUUGCGUGCUUCUCACUGUGAAAAAUCACAGUGAGAAAAUGCCAGCGUCCAUAGGAAAGCAUUAUAAAUGCUUUCCUAUGAGACAGGCUGAAUGCGCGCGCAGCUCCUGCCGCGCAUGCGCAUUCAGCCGAAGAGGAGGAGAGCUCUCUGCCCAGCGCUGGAGAAAGAGGUAAGUUUAACCCCUUUCCUCGCCAUCCAGCCGGGCAGGAGGGGGACCCUGAGGGUGGGGGCACCCUCAGGGCAUUAUAGUGCCAGGAAAACAAGUGUUUUCCUGGCACUAUAGUGGUCCUUUAAUUCCAGGUGUAAAAAGGAAUCUGCUAAAGCACGUAACAUUCACAAUUUACUUUGUGUUCUGCCAAGUGCUGUUGCUGCAGAAAUUAUUCCCAUGUUGGUACCCCUCUGUCUACAGUGUCCUCUAUAACAGCAUUGCGUGAAGUGGGAUGCCGAUGGGUGCGGUAAAACAGGGCGGACCAAUGAUGCAAAUAACGUCACUGUUGCUACCCAAAUAUUAUUGAUCGACUUGCACAAAGAACUGGUAGGUCAGCCUGGCGUGAAGCCUGGUUCUGUCCAGUGCUCUCUGCAGUCCUGGGCAUCAUGCAGACUGCGCUGGCCAUUGUGUAGACUAAAUAUAAACGUUCACUGUAUGAGCGGUGCCCUAUAUGUUGCCAUGAAUAGCUUGGUACAUCCUCUAUAUUAUAUUUCAGUUUAGCGUGGCAGCAUGCCAGCCAUGCAGACAACUCCAGGUGUUCAUCAGAUCGAUAACUGUUACCAGGCUCUUACUGUACAGCCAUGUGGAACGCUGGCUUAUACAAUUCCCAAGUGGAUAUUGUGUAUCGUAUUCUAUGUCAUCUGCAGUGAUGCAAAACUUAGCGAUUUAUACAUUCAUUGUUCACUAUUAAGGUGUACAGCUAGUCUGACCCCCCACUCCCUACCACACACUUCAAAUCCUCCCAAACAGAAAUCUCCUAUGGAAGAGAUCUAAAAUGCAGAACUCCUGUCUGGAUUUCCUGGGAAAGCAAUCACUUGUAUCCCCCCUGCAGACCCCCUUUUUUUAAGGAGAGCAGUGUUAAUUCUAGAGAGAAUUCAUAACUGAUAUGUAAAGUAGUCACUUGUAUCUUGGUGACACAUUGUGAAGUUUUCUUAUGACGUCCAGGUAUCUUUAGAUUCUGUAAUAUUAACAAAAUAUUCCAGGAUCAAGCAGGACACGUGGCUUUAAACCCAAAAAAGUAUGGAUUGAGGAACAUUAGGCCCCAGAGGUUUUAGAUGUACCAUUACCUUCCUGACACAUUGAGCAAUGUUCUAGAAGCAUUGCAAUGUAACCAGGAUCUCAAUACAGGAGUUCUGAAGAUAUUGAACGAGGUGUCCAAAAUCUUUACACUAAUGUUUGGUGAGUGCAGGAUUGCUCUUUUCCAACAUGCUUAGACUUGGCCAGUGUUAUCUGGUUAGAUCCUCUUAACAGAAUGAGUUGUAAAGUGUCAUUGGAGUCUUGACCUCAGCAGCUGUCUUAAUCUGUAAGUUGAGCCCUCGGACUUUGGUACCUGAAAUAACUGCAGGUCAUGGCUAGACGGAGAGUAAACCAGGCCGAAGGAACUGGAUUUUGGAGAAGUAAUUGAAGUAUAAUAUAUCCUUUACUGAUUGUUCUUCCUAAAAGCUCCACUCCAGCUCCUUCUAAUGUUAACAGGGUUUCUGGAAGUUUCCAUAUAAAUCACAUGUCUUCUUAGUAAUGUUUGAUCAUUUGUGAAAAUUAGAGAAAAUUCAACACAUAUUCGGUUAGAUGGUAGCAAGUGCCACAUGUGGGACCGUUCCCACAGAAACCAAUGAAAUCUCUUUUUUUAAGCAGAUUGCACCUUUUGGACCACGUUGCCCAGAACGCGUCCUGUUUUGCUUCGACCAAUCUUUUUUCCGAUGAAUCCUUUUCUCAUUGAAUGCUGAGUGUUUAUCUAAAUGUGACACAGUGCUUUUUGAUUGGGCAAUGUUGGGGCGUUAAGAUGAGGUCUGAUUGUUGGAUACCCUGUAUAACCGAGAACACAAAGCAGAUGUUGACCUUGUUUCUGGUCUGUUCCAUUCUUUCUUGUUCCUCACUUAAUGUGUUGCUUUUCAUAACUUUUUUCACGGGAAGCUUCCCAACAAAUUCUUUUGCUCCAAAGUAGAUUUCCCAAGUUACUGUGAACUGCCCAUUUCACACAGCCCGAUGUUUGUUUUCUGUUUUGGUUGGGACACAUUGCUAUGGAAACCCAUGACUUAACUCCUUGAUUCUUUUUACAAAAUGCUGCUCUUCCAUGCCCAUUGCUCUGCAACGUCCGGCUGUACUAACACCUGUAAAUAGGUCUGUACGCACUAUAAGUACUGUAUAUCUCACUACGGCGCCCUGACAAAUGGCGUGGGGAUGAGUCAGAGGGGAGACCCUAGAUGUCCUGCUGGAGAUUUCAUAUUCCACCAGUGGAAUUAACUGGGGGAUAAACAUGGGAAAAACUGCAAUGUUUACUUUCAGAUUAGAUUUUAUUGAUAUAUGUAUUUAGAUUAAAAAUGGAUCUGUCAUCUAAAUAAAAUCUGUUCUGUUGGUCCUGAAAGACUGGCAGAAUCUUUCCAAUAGUUUUGCUUUUUGCAGUAGUUUAUCAAACCAUAUUCUUCCACCAGAUUGACUAGUCUUUCAUCCUCUUUUAAACUGUGUGCACCCCACAAUGCAGGGCUUGAUAACUGAUGGGAGCUUUAAUGACCAAGGAGAAUUGAUCUGUUUUUAUAAAAGCACAAACUGCAUUUUGGUGGAGCCUCCAUACCCACAGGGUUUUCAAGUAAGAUGUUAGUUGGAUGUUCUGUACUGAGAUAUUCGAGGUGUAAUAAUAAAUUCAGGGGCAAAGGACUGUGUGUGGAGCAGCUGCUAUAGAAACCCAUGUAAUGUCCUGACUGCUCCACUUUUAGACAUUUAGCCCUGAAUUAAAUGCUAAAUAUUAAAUGUAUUGUGACUUCAAGAACGUUUAAUCAUCUGCCCUGUUUCAAUGAGUAUUUAUUUCAAGUGAUCAGACAGGCUCAGACUGUAUGUGUAACUGGGUGACAGAAACCCGAAUGGUGCAGAGUAUGUUGCAGGUUUAUGUAAAGAAUCUUACUCCUAGACAUGAACGUCCAUCGUGGACCAGAACACAUUCUUAGAAUUCUGACGUUUGGUCACAUAUCGGUUACUGAACAGAGAAAUCUUUGAAUGUUUGGGAAUCCUGUAAACAAGCAAUUCUAGAAUGUGUAUGUAUAGGUCAAAUAACAAUCCGUGCCCCACACUCCGUCUAACGGCCUCCUGGAUGGAGCAGCCUGUGGUUUAUUCCACUGGUAAACGUAGACUAUACAAGUAAAACCAACCAGUUCCUCUCAAAUGAUUAUUAGAGUCCAUCUUUAACCCCUUAAGGACCAAACUUCUGGAAUAAAAGGGAAUCAUGACAUGUCACACAUGUCAUGUGUCCUUAAGGGGUUAAGAAACAGGGAAAACUCUUUCCUCAUUAACUAUAAUAAAAAUGAGAAAUAGCACAUCGUGUAUAUCUUUAUUUAAAACUUUUUUUUUUUUUUUUUUUGCCAGUUUGAUCAGUGAACCCGAUGAUGAUUUUCACAUAUUGUCCUGCUGAAUCUGACACUUGUAAACGCAUUCCUCUUGAAUGAAUGAACAAGCCUUAGAAUUGAUCUCUAGGGAUGUGCAUGGGCAAAAAAAUUUGGUCCGGCAAUUCCCUAACCCUACCCCUAUGUGGGAUUAGCGGAAGGCUGGGGUAAGGGUUAGGGGUAGGGUUAGAUUACUGUCAUAAUUCCCUUAAUUUUCACUCCCUCUCCUGUCUUGCCACUUUUCAGAAAUCCGAAGCACUUCAGCAGUUCGGUUCGGCAAUUCAGACAUUUGGAAGUGUCCAAAUUGCCAAAAUUAAUCCGAAUAAAAAUUCGGGCCGAAACGAAUUGCACAUGUCUGUUGCUCUCGCUCUCAUGGAUAGGAACCUCUCAGCCAAAUCUAAUCUCUAUUAAUUUAGCUGGUAAUUUUUGGUAUGGAGAUGGAGUGUUUAAGCAGUCUCUUUGGUGUCUUGUUUGACUUUAUUCUCUAUCUCAAAUUCAGCAGUUCACCUGCUACAUUCUCAUAAAAAAAAAAAAAAUAUAUAUAGUUCGAAGAAUAUUUAGUAGAUUGUGUGCUCUCUUGACUACUGGAAUCACUUGCCUGCCUUCAAUGGGUUCAACCAAUUCCUCCCCCGGGCUCUACACAAUACUGCUGCAUGUCUAUUGCCCCAUUAUUACACCUAUCUUACUGACCACCCGGGACAGGGUUAAGCAACCUUCAGCACUCCAGUUGUUGUGGACUACAUCUCCCAUGAUGCUUUGCCAGCAUUAUGGGAGAUGUAGUCUGUAACAUUUGCAGUGCCAAAGGCUGCUUACCCCUGUCCUCUUCACUGUCAUCCGGGAUGUCACUUUAAAAUACUCCUCUCCAUUGCCCUUGUCACAAAGGUUUCCUCCCUGCUACUCCCCAGACCAUCAUAUCCACCCUAUCUUACAUAGAACACCUUUCCUGACUAGCUCCAUAUCUCUAGAACCCACUAACCUCCCAUCUUGUCUCCCCAAUCCGGCCAUAUCCAUUUCAGCCUGGUGAAUGCUGUUCUGUCUCUCUCUAAAUUGCCAGCUGCACGGGUGGAGUGAUGCGUGUUUCGGGCCUGUUCUUGUCUAUGUAGACAAAAAUGUGUUACCACCCCUGGCAGAGCUCCACACUCGACAUCAUCUGAUAAUGGCACAGAUUAGCGUGUCAAUUAAUUCUGCUCUCCGCAAUUAAAAUGGAACCUAUUCUUGUUUCAUCUUGUCCGGUUUGUAUUUGUUUAAAACAAACUUUAAUUCAAUGUUUUAGCCGUACAAAUGGAAAUGUCUAGUCAAGACACUCAAAUUAAAUACAGGCUUGUUUCCUUUUCAUACCAAACAAUGUAAAUCUAGCUUUCUACGUUCUUAUUGGUAUUUACCCCUUACUCAAUGUAGGUUUGGUUUUAGUUUCGUGUUGUCUUUCUUCCUGUUCUGUAAGUCUUUGCUGGAGAACAUGUACAAAAAUGUUACUCUUCCUUGUGCCUCCAGGGGUUGGAAAUACAGGUUUUAAUAGCACAUACUGGGAGAGGACUGGCAGCACUGAAAACUGGUUAAUGUGAGCAUAGUCGAUGUAAUAUAAUAAGCAUUUAAUUGUCAGUGCCACAAGUGAAUGUUUAGAGAGGGAUGGUUUUUAUAAUCCUUCAUUAUGGACUUUUCUCUUUUUAAAAAACAAAACAAUUAUAGGCCUGGGCUGUAUAAUUCUCUACAUAGUGACCGUCCAUAUCGGGUCAUGGCAUAAACCCCUGAAUGCUGGAGAUGGGUACCAGACCUGGCACUCACUGUGCCCAGCAAAUGCAAACUCCAUUGUAAGGAGGAUCGCCUGUUAAUGUGUUUGUUCUAUUUCAGCAGGUUCAACGCUGCAAAAUCUGAAAAUGCUGGACCUAUCUGCCGCAUUGCUUCUUGUCCUGGCUGGUAAGUGACACUCGGAGAUGAUCUGCUACAUUAACACUUUGACAAGUGACACGCUAGAGGUAUCCUAAAAUAAUGGGGUUUGCCUAAACGCCUCUCGUCACUGGUUUGUUUACCCAGAUGGGGCAAGUACCUGUGAUAUUUACUUUGAUCAUUUAUUGUUGACAAUUGGAGGGAGUCGGACUCCUUCAGUGCUGUGAAUGUUGUUAUGGGUCGUUAUAGCAAGCUUGUUUCGCUCCAUAUCCUCUCUCAGCGGGAGAGCUCCGCUUUGGAGAGCAUUUGUCAUGGUUCCCUGCAGGAGGCUCACUUUAUCCCACCUCCCCCAAGCUCCGCAGGAUUCUUCAGGGGUGGGAAGGGUGUGGCCCGUGGUGAAAGGGGGUGGGGAGGUCAGUCAUAGAAAAAAUGCAUGGAUCUGCUCCACAAAUGGCCAACAAUACUAAAUGGGCAGAGUUAAACUGCACUCGCUGCACAAGGAUUGGGAGGGUUUUCUCCACAAAUACAUUAUUAAACUAUGAAUUGUUAAUCAAAAACUGACAAUCUCAACCUCCUUAUUUUCAGCUCUCCCUUGCCUCCAGGCAAAUGAUAUUACAGGUAGGUGGUCAACAAUACUGAUUAAUGCAAAAUGCGUGUGUUCAUUUAAUCUAAAUCUAUGCAUUCAAUGUUUUUUCUUUUUCUUUUUUAGAUAGCGAUAAACAGUUUUAUUAUGGUAAGUUAUGUUUGUAUGACCUCACCCACGGUGCUAUAGGAUUCAGAAAUCUGUGUUUGUGUGUGUGUGUGUGUGUGUGUUUGUCUCCCAAUUCUAUAGACACACAAGAUAAAUAUUCUGUUUUCCUUUUGUUUGUUUUUUGCCAAGUAACAGCCCAGAAAUAUUUGAGAUGACAAAGGCCAGCUCCAUUCCAGAUCCUCUGAUAUAUUUUUACUCCUGAAUAUAAUCAUUUCAUUAUAUUGCUCCCACCCCCCAGUCUGAGUAUUUAAUAACUAAAUCACUAAAACAAAAUAAUUUUCUUCGACACAAGGGAGAGGUUUGGACUAAAGGAGUAGCUUUUUGUCACUUGACGUAGAUACACUGAUUGACAUUACAAAUAAAGCCAAGGAAUAUGUCGCUAUCUGACCCCUUGGUCUCCUGAAACAUGCCUGGAAUUUAUAACAUGUAUGUAAAUCUACCUUCUGCAUUGACCGCUUCAUACCUGUAACUAUAAACAGUACUUUAUGAUCAGUAAACCCAGAUGCAGACUAUUUAUCUUUGGAGACUUGAUGUUGUUUGACUGGUACUAACCAAUGAAAAUAACCCGUUGGCAUGGUAACUAAUAACAAUAAAUGUUAGGAAAGAACAUGUCUGUGUAAUUCGUUCUGCAGUUUCCUCCCCCACAUUAAGUCAUAUUAAAGGCCCUGUCAACUGCCCAAAUACUAAAUGAAAUCCUUAUUUACUAAACAUACCCUAAAUGGAAAAACGUGCACGUAUUCUACAUUGUUCUAUUUAUUCCUUUUUAGAAGUCCUCCCCUUCUAACCCCGCCCACACUUUCUGUGGCUGUCCAAUCACAGACUUCCCAAUGCAGCUCAAUGAGAAGUCUUUGCAAGGCAGUGCUCUGGGCAAUUGCUGCCUCUUGAGUUUAUCUUCACUGAGCUAACCAACCAGGAAGUAACAGGACCAGUUGCUUGACAGCCAAAUGUUAAUUUAGAAAAGUGUCAGUUUCCAUUGAAAUCUGCACUUGUUGCAAAGAGGGCACACGCUUCAGACAUAAAGCUUUUCAGCAAGCUAAAGUGUUUUAGGAGUCGGGAACAUCUCUUGGAGAUGCGGAGUCUGUAACCGGAUUUCUGACCUCACUCAUUGGCAUUGCAUUGGACCAUCUGAUCCCACGUGUGUGUGUGUGUGUAUUGUACAGCCUUCUAGAGCUGUCCAUGGGUAAAGCAGUUGCUGUUUGCAAAAUACAUAAAUCUAUGGGGUUCGUGGUCUUGGAAGGGGCACAAUGUCUAAGUGAGAGGCUGAGUAAUCUGACAAAUCGGAUCAAUUCCGUGAGAAGAAUCUGUCGCCCCAAACCUUUCACCAGCAGCCGAGAUCAUACUAUCGUCCCACUAUGGGCUGUUAUUUCUUUUUUGUGAGGAUACAUGUUUAUUACAAAUCCAGAGUCCGCAGGCAAUGAUUCAAAGCUCUGUUCCUUUAUAUAGCAGUUGGUGCCUUCUAUUGCAUUUAUAAGGAUUUUCUUUCUUUGUCUUUCAGACUAUGAAUCCCUGAAGGUUGCAGGACUGAUUAUGGCUGGGGUGCUCUGUGCUUUGGGCAUUAUUAUUUUAAUGAGUAAGUUACACGUUCAUACUGAACAGAUUUAAUUGAUUUCUUCUAUUUUCUCCAAGAAAAUUAAACAAAAAAAAUCCCAAAGUGUUUAGAAGGACAUUAACCCCUUAAGGACACAUGACAUGUCAUGAUUCCCUUUUAUUCCAGAAGUUUGGUCCUUAAGAGGUUAAAGAGACACUAUAGUCACCAGAACAACUACAGCUUAUUGACUUUGUUCUGGUGAGUAGAAUCAUUACCUUCAGGCUUUUUGCAGUAAACAGUCUUUUCAGAGAAAAUGCAGUGUUUACAUUACAGCCUAUGGAUAUCUCCACUGGUCUCUCCUCAGAUGGCUGCUAGAGUUGCUUCCUGGGGCAGUGCUGCAUAGUGAGACUGACAUUCAGUGUCUCCUCCCUAUGCAUGCAGAUACUCAACUUUCCUCAUAGAGAUUCAUUGAUUCACUGUAUCUCUAUGAAGAGAUGCUGAUUGGCUGGGGCUGUGUGCUGGCUCUGCCUCCUUGACGGUCUCAGCCAAUCCUAUGCUUUUUCUAUAGGAAAGCAUUGUGAUCUGCUUUUGUUAAACACUUCUGAUGAUGUUAGCCAAGCAGGCAGAUCAGGGGCAGAGCCAGCAGCAGCAGACUGGAAUAAAGGUGAGAUUUUACUAUAUUUAGGGUAACCCCAUUGUGGGUAAUAAUCUUUAAACCAAACUGCAGCCUUUGCAAAUGGUUUUUAGAUAUUACCCACAAUGGGGUUAGGUGGGAUUGAUGUGUUUUGGACGGCUCUGAAAAGUCUGGUGUGUGAGUUGUGCUUGAUAUAAUCCACCACCGAAAUACAGUAAACUGUCUCUUGUGUGGAAUCGAUAAUAGGAAAGGUGACAUUGAUAAAAGCAUUCUUUUUAAGACUGUUUGUUAGAUCUACUAUGAUUAACUUUUUUUUUUUUUUUUUUUUUCUCUUUAGGUGGAAAAUGCAAAUGUAAAUUCAACCAAAAGAACGAGUAAGUAAUCCAUGCGCUGUGUUAAUCCCGGUCUAAAAGCCGAGCAGUCAGAGGGAACUUUCUAUAGGUUUCCAUGGUAACUGCUCUACUUCUAACCAAGCCAGUAACUACACGUUUUUAGUUUGCGUUGUAUAACUUUAUUUAUGCUCCUUGUUUCUCUACUAAUAUUCACAUUGCUUUUUAUCUAUUUUAGCCGAAGGAAUCGAGCCCAGGAACAGCAACUAAUCACUCCAGGUAACUGUGUGACUUUAUAAAAUGUCACUAAUUCACACAUUACUAGUGCCAAUGCAAGAAAAAUGGUCAAUCUAUUAACAUGUACAACAAUACUUGGAUAUUGUAAAUGGUGUGUGUCGAUCAUGCAAUAUCCAAGCUCACAAAAUGUAAUUGUGUAAUUUUUUAUUUUAUCUCCUCACCUUGGCAAACAGUGAGCACUUGGUUACAGUAUACGAACCUGCUAAUAUGCCCCAUUCUUGGCAGGCUCGAUCCCAGUGCCUGCUUUCAUGAGCUUAACCAACUUUACCUGGGCCUCACACCAUUGACAAUAUCCAUGUGUUGUACUUGGUAAUGGCCUGAUGCGAUAUAUAAAUAUUUUAUGUGUAUUUGUGGUAGCUUGGGUGUGGCAGAUGGUUUCCUAAAUAUGACGAGGGAUUUUCAGACCCUGUCGUUGCUCUGUCUGUGUCCCUGUCUUGUCCAUUGAGCAUCACUGUCUCUAUGUAUUGCUGUAUAACUUUUUUUUUUUUUUUUUUAUUGGCAUUUUAUAGAAAUUCAGUCUUAUUACAGGGUAUGCGGGUUACAAUCGUGUUUACAGCAUAGAGAAUACAGGAUGGUGUGCAAGAUAACUGACAUUUUAUAUCUGUUGCUGAUAUUUUUUCAUGUGUCUUUCUGUUGUUGCAGGGACCGCCAGUCAUUGCUAAGAGAUCUUCUGCUUAAUGAAGGAUUUUGUAACUCCAUUCAAGUUUUCAUGUUCUCUCAUGACACCCAACACCUGCCCCUCUACCUUGUUUAUAUAAAAUAUAUUUUAACUUUUUUUUUUUUUUUGUCUAGAAUUUCAAUAAAAAGCUUGUUUUGUCAGUGUGUGGGGUUUUUUU